AUGAAAAAUGUAAAUCAUAAAUAUAUUUGGGAUGAAAAAUAUAUCAAUGAAAAUAAAAGUAAGACGAAUAUGAAAAAUAAAAACGUUAAAAAUAAUGAUAAGGAUCAUAAUAAUUGUGAAUAUAAUGGUGAAGAUAAGCAGGAUAGUACAAUUAAUUGCAAAAGUAUCAAUAAUAGGGGGAUGAAUAAUAAAUAUAGCAAUAACCCAUUCUCAAAAUAUAAUCAUGAUAAUAUUAAAAAUAUCAAGGAAAAUAAUGAUAUGCUUUUUGAAAAUAAAUCACACACAUAUUACACCCCAAAGGGAAAAAAUAGCAAAUUCAACAUCAAUUCAAAUGUUAAUAAUCACAAACAUGCUAGUUCUAUAAAUAACCACAUUCCUAAUAUAAUGCGUAAUAAAAAAAACGAGCCUUUUGAAAAAAGAGAGGUUUUUAAAAAAAGUUCCGAAAAAACAAAUAUUUACAAAAAUCCUUAUCAUUAUAAAACUAAUCAGCAAUCAUAUAAUAAUUGGAAAAAAAAUAAUGGCAAUAGAAAUGGGAAUGGAAAGGAUGCGAAUUUGCAGGGGAAUAAAUACGACGAAAUAAAUGAUCUUUAUUUUGAUAUCCAUUCGAAAACAAGUAGUAAUUAUAAACAAAAGCUUUCUCCAAAUUUAAAUUUACAUACUACAAAUGAAGGGGAUAAUGAUACUGUUAUUUCAACUAAUGAAAAUAAUAUAUAUCGUGUAACAUUAAAAGUAUUCGAAAAUGAUGAGGAAAAAGUUUUACUUUUAAAUCAUAUAAAACGACUGGAAUAUCAAAAUAGUAUAUUUCUAAAAAAUAUGCUAAAUAUGUACUAUACCUGUGUAGACUAUAUUAAAAUGCAAGACGAAAAAAUAAAAAAAAAAGACCAAAUAAUUAAUUUUAAAAAUCAAGUUAUAAUGAAAUUAAAAAAAAAAAAAAUGAACUAUGAUGGAACUACAGAUAUUAGUAAUAACUUCAAUGAUAACCAAAAUGGCCUUAUUUAA